AUGCCUUUAUUAUUAAUUUGUGGCCCUCCAGCAAGUGGUAAAACAUAAAGAGCAAUAGAAAUACAAAAAUUCAUUAAAGAAAAGAUGAAUAAGGAAUCUAUUAUUAUUAAUGAGGAGAAUUUACAUUUAAUAAAAGAUGAUGCAUAUAAAGAUAAUACAAGUGAAAAGAUGACAAGAGGGUUUUUAAAAUCUAAUGUUGAGAAAUAUAUAUAGGCUGGUUAAUUAGUCAUAUUUGAUUCUAUAAAUUAUAUUAAAGGAUUCAGAUAUGAGCUUUAUUGUUUGGCAAGAGCUGCAAAAACUACUAAUUGUCUAGUAUAUUAUAAUUAUAGUUAGUUAUACUUAAAUGUACCAUUGGAGAUUUGUUAGAAGAACAAUGAAAAUCGUGAAAAUAAAUUUAAUGAUAACCUAUUAAUUGAUUUAUAUAAAAGGAUGGAAAUUCCUAAAUAGAAAGAUAGAUGGGAAUGUCCUUAUUUUGAAAUUAGAUUUCAAGAAAAAACACCCCUUGAUGAGAUGGCAGAAGUGCUUUUUUAUGCAGAAAAAACUGCAAAGGAUCCUAUUGCUACAAAAAAAGUAAUAAUAAAUAAAUAAAAUAGGAAUAAUAAAAUGAAGGAAAUUUUGUACAUGAAUAAGAAAAGAGAGUUUAAGAUAUUUUAGAUUAGAUCAUAAAUAAAUAAGUUGAAAGUCUUUAAAUUGGAAAUGGAACAAUUAAGUUUUAAGGGACAAAAGCAUUACUGGUUUUAAAACGUGCUUUAAGCAUAAUUGAAUUAAAAAAAUUAAGAUUAGAGUUUUUGAAUAUGCUCAGAAUAACACCAGUAAAAACAUUAGAGUAAACUAAUGAGGCAUUCAUAAAUUUUAUCUAAGCUCAAGUAGAGAGAUUGGGCCUUUGA